AUGUCCAAUGACUUGUGGGAGGGGCCUCGUCAGCCCAAGCUGGUGGCCACGGAAAGUGUCACUGCAACAAAUGAAUUUCAUGACUGGCUCUUUCACAAUAUGCCAGAAUUCUCUGACAGCGUUCAUCCUGUCCUGCAAGGAAAAGCAGUUUCAGAAAGGCUGCAAAAAAAACUUUCCCGGCAGCUACGCGCAGAAUUGACCUUGUUUCUGGAUGAGAAUAAUCUCAUUACCACUGGGAACAAAGGGGAGCGUGGCUCAAUGUACAAAGUCUUUGGUGAAGCACUCACCGCGAAAUACACAAUGAAGUUGUGGGAUGAGCCUGAAGAGCACCUUUUGGCUACGAGGACCCAUGUUUAUAGCCUAUUCAUCAAGAGGUUUACUGUGGCUCGAAAGGUGCGGAAUCACAGAAAAUCGAAAACAGCGCAUGUCACUGUUCUUUCACCAACCACUGAGAUCACAAAGGAGAAGGCUGUUGAUUCUAGUCACUUCCUUUAUUUCAAUGUGUUUCAGGCCUUAAAAGCGACCCAUUUGAGCGCCGUGACGCUUGACACGGAAAGGAUGCAGGCCCUCCUUAAAGCGACGUACGAAGAAUGCUGCAAAAGCCAUGAUCCACUGUCCCAGUAUUUCUUGCUAGAAGAAAUUCUUUGCAUCGAAGUCGAGCUUAGGUUUAAAAGCAGCAUUGGUGACCUGGAGAGAAAGCUAAGAGCAGUGUCGGAAGCGUUUCCAUGCAAAGAACAACGUGAAUGCACAUUCAUCGACAUCGUCAAGCACUUGCAAGGCCAUUCAAGGCACACGCUUAUCAACGAGAUGGCUGUACCGGAUGACGUGCAAAUCAAUGCACCCCAUGUAACCUGUCCUGAACACACUUGCGUUUACGCUGGAAGCGCUGAGCAAAUAAUCCGGAUGGCUAAUAGAAAGAGAGAGCGGGCGUUCAUUUUUUGCCUGCUGACAUAUUACAUCAAAAAUCUUGAGUGCCCGCCUUCUUUCUCACUAGUCCUUGUCCUGCUGCAAACGAUUGCCUUGCCGGACACAGCAGUGCCUCGUGGACUGCUCACAAACCGCCUGAAAAAUCUUCUUUUGCUCUUGAGAAAGAAAAAUGUGUAG